AUGGACUGGCUCGGCCUCAUCGACGGGUGGUGGCCGACGGACCCGCGGGCCGGCCACCGCUGCGCCUCCUACUGCCUGGGCGCCGACAACAGCAAGUUCGCCUACACGGCCGGCCAGACGUACGUGUAUGCGUACACCUCCGAUGUGGUGACGACGCUGGCCGGCGCCACGGACGAGGCGUCGAGGCUGCACGUGAAGGCCACGGCCGAGAUCGCGGCCAACUCGGCCUGCGACUUCACGCUCCAGUUGAGGGAUGUCACCCUUGAGGACUCGGAUCCGAAGAACGUAGAUCGUCGACUGCAUGUGGACGAUAUGGCCUCCUUCAAAGACGAGCUGGAGAAAUAUCCGCUGUCCUUCAGUUACCAGGACGGCCGAGUGGAGGAGCUCUGCUCCAGUCAAUUUGAGUCUGUAUGGGCGCUGAACUUCAAGCGCGGCCUUCUCUCGGCCACCGUCAACAACCUUGAAACGCUUGACUUGGGCGAGACCCAGAAGUACGAGACGGACGUGUCCGGCUACUGCUCCACCAACUACACUGUCCGCAACUUGGGCGACAUCACCGCGGUAAUCAAGACCAAGGAACUGCUGACCUGUCGGGAACGCGGCCACCUCGUGUCCUCACUUCAAACGACACCCUACCAUUCGGCCUCCAACAUUCAGUCCAUGCCGUUGCUAAGGAGCACCCAGCGUUGUCGGCAGGCAGUGUCGGCUGGCCGGCUACUCACAGUGGUUUGCCAGGAAGAUCACCUGUUCCGGCCGUUCUCCGGCGGC